UGUCGCAGUUCCUGCAAGCAACCUGCAACGCCGCCGCCGCCGCCGAGACAAACGGCCAUCGACAAGUCUUGGCUCGUCAACAGUCGCGUACAGCUUUUGUCUUUUGCUUUAGCUCAACCCACACGACUACAACAGCACACACGCCCCCUCUACAAUGCUUACCAGAUUGCCUGUCCUCGCCAGUCGGUCCCUGCUGGCGACAGCAGCGCGCCCCACCGCCACCACCACCUCGGUUUGGCGCCUCGCACCGGCGGCGGCAGCGACGUACGCGACCACGACGGCCGAUGCCGACGGGUCGCGACCACGCCACCCGCCGCGGCCGCCAGUCGAGCCGACGACGUUUGACGGCAAGGCGUCGCCGCGCGACAUCCACCUCCGGCCCAACAUGCGCGGGCUGCCCAAGGUCCCGACGCCGUGGGAGAAGGAGCGCAAGCUCAACGGCUCGGCGACGCGCCCAGCGCCCAAGGCCACGCCGGAGGCGCCGCACGAGGAGGUGUUCAACUCGCCGGCGCGCCCGCGCGCAAUCUACCAGCGUCCGCGCGACCUCCCCAUCCUCAAGAACAGGAUACCAUUGUACCUCGCUCUUGCUGCUCUUGGCCUUGGUGCUUGGGGACUGUUUAUCCUGCACGCUACGAACAAUGAGCGCCUGUCGUCGUCGGUCGUCCGCCAGAUCUCGUUCCAGCUGCGCAACUCGCCCGAGGUGGCCAACCUUCUCGGCGACGGCGUCAAGUUUGCGCCGAACCUGUGGGCCACAAUGACCGACCUCGCCGUGCUCUACAUGAACACUGCUAACCCCACAGGCUUCGGCGAGCCAUGGAUCCACGGAUCGAUCAAUUUGAUGCAGGGCCGUAUCGAUCUCAAGUUCCGUGUCGAGGGUUCCCAGAAGCAGGGCACAUUGUUCUUCACGUCGAUCCGGCCACAGCAGGCUGCGUCGUGGCAAAUUCUCCGCUACAAGCUCAUCACGGACGACGGCGAGGUCCUGCGUAUCGAGGACAGCGUGCGCCCUGCGCUCAGCGCCGACGAGGCGGCGGCUGUGCCAGCGGCGGCAUAGUAGGGAGGCACGAGAGAGACAAAUAUAUCACAAUGUAACACUUCACAUGGG